UAGAUGCUUUUCUUAGAAAUUGCACAUCGUGAUUAACAACGCGUAAUUUGAAGGACAAGGAGAAGAAACCCUCCGAGUUCCAACAAACACUGCAAUCUCCGAAAUCAAAACCAAAUUCCCUCUCCCGUCUCCCUUCUCUUCCUCUAAUCUCACAAUAAGGAAAGAAGAUGAAGCGAGUGUUCGGCGUUAAGAAAGACAACGAGCCCCCACCUUCAAUUCAAGACGCCUCCGAUAGGAUCAACAAAAGAGGGGAUACGGUGGAUGAGAAGUUGAAGAAGCUUGAUGCUGAGUUGAGUAGGUAUAAGGAACAGAUAAAAAGCACGAGGCCUGGCCCUGCUCAAGAGGCUCUUAAAGCUCGAGCCAUGAGGGUUCUCAAGCAAAAACGAAUGUAUGAAGGGCAACGGGAUAUGCUUUAUAAUCAGACAUUCAACCUUGAUCAAGUUUCUUUCGCUUCUGAGGGUCUUAAAGAUGCUCAGCAAACUAUGUCAGCCUUGAAAUCUGCCAACAAGGAGCUGAAAGGAAUGAUGAAGACUGUGAAGAUUCAAGAUAUAGACAACUUGCAAGAUGAAAUGAUGGAUAUGAUGGAUAUGAGUAAUGAAAUUCAAGAGACUUUAGGCCGAAGCUAUAAUGUGCCUGAUGAUAUUGAUGAGGAUGAAUCAUGGGCGGUAAGCAUUGACCUUAUCCAAAAACUUGAUGCAUUGGAAGCAGACAUGGGAACUGAAGCUGAUGGUGUUCCUUCGUACCUUCAACCUGAUAAGGAGGAACCGGAUUUGGAUGCAGAGCUCAAUUUACCUUCAGCUCCAUCAGGAAAUGCAGCAGCAGCUGGCAGGGCCAAUGCCCAGGGUGAGGAUGAACUAGGUUUGCCAACUGUUCCACGAGCAUCCGUCCGCAGUUAGAUAUCGGGCUAUGAAGUUGGAUGGAGCAUGCCUUUGUGACCAUAUUGUGCAGAAUUAACUUUCAAUUACCAGUGCAAUUUAAUUGAUUUUCACUUGACGGUGUUGGGAGCUAUAUAAUAAGACUGAAUCAUUCGACUCGGAAAUUUGGAUAUCA